GUAAACAUAACUCUGCUAGUGCAGCAAUAGUACUGUUAUCAUUAAUGAAAACGACUUAUUUAGAAAACGCCGGGAAGCCCCUUCAUUACACCUGUAGCUACAAAGCUGAGUGUUAGCAGGACGUGGUUUGAACCACAGUGACUCGCUAAUGUUGUGUGUUGACAGUCCGGGGCCAGCCAGAGAGAUGACCCGUAAGAGGAGUAUGGUUUGGGGCUUUUUUAAAACCGUGAACUCGGAGUCGGUGCAGUGUCUGCUCUGCAGGGGAUACCAGUCCCGACAGGUUCAGGGCAGCACCACAGCCAUGCUCAGACACCUGCGUGUCAAACACCCCAAAGAGGUCGCCAAGAAAUGUAAAGGAAGGGCGCCUGAAACUGUCCCUACAAACGGUCACCAGGAGGUGGACACGGACAGCCAGGAGUUCUGCCCCGUGGAUUUGUCACUGGAGGAUGGAGACUCUGACGCCCCUGCUGCCAUGAAUGAAUCUGAUAUUGCUUGUGAUUUUAAUGCCAUCCUGGAAGCUGCACAAGGAGGUCCAGCAGAACAAACAGCACAUAGAGAGGCGAGUGAUGACCGCCCUGUAAGACACAGCCGGAACAAACGGAGCUUGAUAUGGAGGCACUAUGAGCGUUUGGACAGUCUGGAUGCUGCUCGGUGCCUCAUUUGCAUGAAGAAGUUACAGUGCUUCGAAGGCGGCAGCACCAGCAACUUGCAUCGGCACAUGUCAAAGAGACACCCGGAUGUGUUUUCUACGUUAGUGGCCAACAGGUUUAAGCCACCCCCCUCCUCCUCGUCACACAGCUCAAAUGAUAACGGUGACACAUCGACAGCACCAGAGGCUGCUGGGUCUACAGAGCAGAGACAGUUCUCAGGUUCAAGAGCAUACGAAGGAGAAAGGCGAGUGUUGAGGCGAGAGCAGGAGCUGAUUGAAGCUCUGAGGAGGACGCAGAAGGAGGAGGCUCGGGCUCUGGAGCAUCAGAGGGAGCUGCUCGAGAAGCUGCGAGCAACGGACGCCAGAGAGGCAGCUGCAGAGAGGGAGAGGAUUGAGUUGCUGAGGAGAGCACAGCAGGAAGAAGCCAAAGAAUUAAGCAGACAGAGAGAAGAGCUGGAGAAGGAAAAGGCAGAGCUAAAGAAGAAAUGGGAAGAGCUUCAGCAGGAAAGAGAAGAGCUGCUCUUGUUUUCCAGAGGACAGUAAUCCUCCUGACUCCUGACCAUGUUACAACAUGACAACAGGGCUGUGAUGUUUUUCCUAUAAAUGCCUUGGGACUAUUUAAAACGUGAUGAUAUAAAAAUGUGAGAUCCUCUCUUACCCAAAUGUAUUUUGCAAAAAGUCAGUGAACAGUUGAUUUUGUUUCUGUCGCAGCUGAUGUCCUGACAUCACUGUGGCAUCAAAUAUAUUGAAUGUUUAAUCCAGGACAAACCUCUCCCAGCCUGUAUUCACUCAAAGCCACAACAAGAGGUUUUCAGUUUUAUAUACUGGCUAUAAAAAUAUAUGUGUUCCUUCAAACUCUUCAAGUCUACAGUACAGAAUCAGGUUAGUUGGACAAAAUACUGUCGAUGGCUUGUCCAAUAAAAAUACUAGACCAUCAGUCAUUCACUGUUAUCCUGUUAUUCUACCAAAAUAAAAGAAGUUGUCACUAAUUUCA